AUGGUUGGAAGGUCUUUUAUUGUUAAAGGAACUACCACUUGUUUUGGAGAAGACAGUACCAGCUCUACCUCUUGUGGUGCUUUUGGAAAAUGUGUAGGGAAUGAUACUUGCUCAUGUGACCCCAACGUAGCAAUAGGAACCAAAUGCGAAACACAAUUGUGUGGAGGUAAAUUACCAACAGAUCCGAAAGUUUGUGGAGGAAGGGGUGUAUGUUAUAAUGGAGAUUGUGCGUGCACUUUGGAUGAAAGAUUUGGUUCAACCCAACACGUUGGACUCACUUGUGAAAUACCAGUUUGUUUCCCACUCCUUGUAGAUCCGUACAGACGUGAAUACGAAUGUGGAGGACAUGGCACAUGUGUAGAAACCAAUAUCUGUGAUUGCCAUGUUGGAUAUGGUGGUUAUGAUUGUACCAAGACUGGUUUCAAAUGUAGUGGAAUCAAUGCAACAAAUUCCAAGGUGUGUUCUGGGCGUGGACAAUGCAUCGAUCAAGAUUAUUGUCUUUGUCAAUCGGAUGAUUAUGGUGGAGUUGACUGUUCGACACCCAAGUGCAAUGGUUUUCUAGCAACAGAAGAGGGAGUGUGCAAUGGACGAGGUCAAUGUCUGCAACCAAAUAAUUGUACUUGUACUUCUGGAUUUAGUGGAACAAAUUGUGAACUUGAUGCCAGUAAUCAACAAGUUGAGAGAAUAGUGACUUGUUAUGGAGUGCUUUCAAAUGAUUCUGUGAAUGUAUGCUCUGGUAAAGGAUCUUGUUUUGGAAAUGAUUAUUGCAGCUGUCAGAUAGGUUAUACAGGUGCUCGGUGUAAUGAAACAUUUUGCUUUGGAGUUUUACAAACAAGUGACAAGACAUGCUCUGGAAAUGGUGUUUGUUCAUCAUUGAAUACUUGUUCAUGCAAUAAUAAUUCACCCUUUUUGAGAUAUGUGGGUGAGGAGUGUGGAAUUCUUCAAUGUCGAGGAGUUGACUUGGAAUUUUACAACUCCACCGAUGUGAGAGUAUGUUCAGGGAGAGGAGCAUGCAUAGAUCAUUUAGGAUGUGUUUGUAAUGAGGGUUAUUAUGGAGAAUCUUGCCAAAUCUCUUCAUGUUUUUCAGUUUUAUCAAAUAGUUCACAAGUUUGUAAUGGUCAUGGAAUUUGUCAAGAUUUGGACAAUUGUGAAUGUUAUUCAAAUUCUACAAAUGGAUACUGGUAUGGAGAUGAUUGUUCGGUGUGUGCUAAUUCCUAUGAAGGAAAUCUCUGUAAUCUAAAGAAAUCUUGCAACUCUUCCACUACUUGUAUGAGCUUGGGUGAGUGUUCAAACAAUGAUUUAUGUCGUUGUGAAAGCUCUUUUGAUGGAGAGAAUUGUGAAGAAUGUGCUCUUGGUUAUUAUGGCCCUUUGUGUGAAAUAUUUUGCUCUGCAGAAUUGAAUUGUUCUUCGAAUGGAGUGUGCUCAAGAGAUGGAUUUUGUGAUUGCUAUCAAUCGAGAGAAUUGGGUUAUUUCCAAUCAGAAAACUGUUCCAAAUGCUCGCCAGGAUACUUUGGUAAUGACUGCUCAACGUUUGUUGGAUCAAAUUUCACUUUUAACAAUUAUGGAAAUGAGCUAAUUUUGAGAAUAAUUCCUCCUCUCAAUAUUGACAAGAUUCAAACUGAAAAUGAAUGCAAAACUUUCUUCCCCCCUAGAUCUAGAUUAAAACUGGGUGGAGAAUUCACUUGUCAUUGGAUAGACGUUUACAACGGAUAUCUUUCAGUGCUGAUUCCUCAAAACGCAACAAUUAUACCAGGAGAUUUCUUAGAGUUUAAUGUUUAUUCAUUUGAACAAUAUGCAAAACCAGCUCAGUAUCGAAAUAUCACGUCAUUUGCAAGUGAUGUGAACAAGAUUAUCACGCAACAUGCUGACAUUGAAACUGCAACAAGUUUCCAGAAAGGAACAACCUUAACCAUCAGGGGAAAGAGUUUGAUAAGUAUUGAAAGAGAAAGAGAAUUGUAUUAUGAGUGGAGUAUUGUAAAUUCUAACCCUACUAUGAAUUCACUAAAUAGUCAUGUCAGCUCUCAGUCAGGAUGGGGUAAAUCAGUCAUUUCCAUUCCAAGUUCUUUCACAUCAAGUGUGAACCUUAUCAAUCUCAAACUAAGAAUUGCAAAUUAUUAUCAACAAUUUGGAUCUGAAAAGCAAGUUAUCUUACAAGAUUUGUCAACUGCCAGCUCAUCAGUCAAUCAAGUACAAAUCAAAAUUACAACAGCAAGAAAUAGAUUAUACAUACUCAAUGAUAUACUUCCUUACAAAAUCAAUUGCAAAUUGACCGUAAACGGUGUGCAAGUCACCAACAUUAUAUCGAGCGGAUACUCAAUUGAAUGGAGUCUAAGUCCUGAUCUUGGAAUAGGUUUAGCAAAUCUCACCCUUAUUACAUUGAAACCAUAUACAAGUGACAAUAGCACUGUUUUGUUUACAUCUGAAGAUACUCUGUAUUAUGAUUUCUACAAUGUACCUUAUACAGUCUUUAAUGUGUCAGCUGUUGUUAAGAAAAAUGGAACUGUCGUCUCUAGUGACAGUUUACAAAUUCAUUUCAAUUUAUUUGAGCAAAAGCAGUAUGGUAUUACACUGUCUCGAACACCUACUGAUAUGACCAUUGAUGCUCAAUAUCCAGCUGUCAUAUCAUUAUCCAUUCCACCAGAAGUAACAAUUUUAUCAGUUGAGUGGGCAUGUUUUGCCUAUCACAUGUAUAAGGGAAAGUGUCACGAUCAAUAUCAAGCAAUUAUUGCUCAAAGUGGAAACAAGACAAGAAUUGAACUUCCAAAGAGUGCCAUUUUCCUUCAUUAUAACACUGUAAAAUUCUCUGUAAAAAUUACAACCACUUCAGGAGUUGAGUAUCGAGAUACAAGUUUUUCACCAAGUGCCUCCUAUCAAAUUCCAUAUGCAGUCACAGAGACUGCCUUCUUCAGUUCUGGCUAUAGAGGACCAUUUAGAUUGUAUUCUCUUCAUGGAACUAAAUUCUCUUUCGAAUAUCGUUUAUUUGAUAGCACAGAACCAUCCAUAGCAUCAGCAGGUGAUGCUCCAGCCACAACUGGAACAGUUACAGCAUAUAACGUUUACAGUAACAAUCAAAUUACAUUAAGUGCCGCCAAUGGAAUAACUACCUACACAGACACUUACUACAGUGGUCCAAAUUUGGCUAAAUUAGUUAAAGUUGACAUGACAAAAUUUUCAUCUCCAAUUUAUUUCCAAGUGAAAUUUACUUACAAAACUUUGGAGAUGAAUGUUAGACAAUAUUUAAUUAUUGGAACAGUUCCAAGAGAAAGGGUGGAUAUUAAUGUGAAAGUUGUUCCAUUCGUUCAAAAUCCAGAGUUCAGCAAUUACAUUUUUCAAGUUUCGAAUGAUGUAGCAAAUUCAUUCUAUGAAGUAACUGUUUCUCUUUCUCUGAGAUAUAAGAAUGACACUAGCAUGUCCUACUCAUUUGGUUCUCUGUCCAUGUUUAGUUUAAAUAGAGAGGUAAAAAUUGCCUUUCCACCUCUCUUGGAUUCGUUUACAAUCUAUAAGAAAGUAACCUAUUAUACGGAUUCCUGGGUUGGGUACGAACAUGAAGAAUCACUUUAUAUCUACGAAGAAGAAGUUGCCUCAUUCCCUGCCUCUCCACACAGUUCUGAUCCAUUCAUUAAGGCGAUGCAAUCAAAAAUUAAGAUUGCAUUCGAAAAGGGAUCGAAUUAUCUUUCUUCAGCUUCAUCCAUUAUGAAUUCAUACUAUUAA